ACGGACCCGGAAUGACCAUCUUGCUCAUGGCAGUGCGGAUGGCUGACGACGGAGAUCCUACGAGUUUGACGGUCUCAAGGCCUCACAUGAGGCCACUUCUACUGUAUACAAAGUACUCCAUCAGUGUCACCAUGAUAGUAUUCAAGCUUUCAUCACAUUCUUUUUCACUGCGCUCUUUGCGAUUCUUCCACAGUCUUUAUCUUUAAACGUUCCUUUCUGAUUCGCUCUUUGCACGACCUCGAAGGUCUUACAUUCAUUGACAACAUAUCGUACGCGAGUCGACCUGUAACACAGCAUCAUGAUCCUCAAUUCAAGCAGUCUUUUGAAGCUGGCUUUGACCACUGCAUUCGUUCUGGAAGCGAGUGCUGUCGAUCUCAAACCCUGGGGUACCGAUCAUCACCCGGGUGCUGCCUCUGGUCAGGCUGCCAAACGAGCUCCGACUCCUUUGAAGUUGGAACCUAUUCACAGUCCAGAUGAUCUUCAUGCCAAGGUGGUUACCAAACGCGCUCUUCCUUCAGUAGAGCUCAAGGCCAUCAGCGACCCUGGUGUUCUCUUGAGGGGUCGGUCUGAGAAACGCGAGAUGCCCGGAAACGGCUGCUUCGACCCUGCAAAGCAUUCUACCUUCUUUUGGGGAGGUUACGCUGGCGACAACAUCUAUGUUGCAAACUUCACUAUGUCUGCUCAGACUGACGAUGAGUACAUACUCGCGGUGGAGAACUUCGCAAGGCGAAUGAAGUCCAUCAGCUGUGGUACUCCAAGAAAGCCUAUGAUACUAGAGUUCAAUGACGUGGAGUCUUUGUCCUAUGCCAAGUCGGCCUGGAAGUGGAUCGACGAUGCGGAUAUCAACCAUUUUACACUCGUCACGGAGCCAGACAUGUGCUACAAAGGAGACAACCGGUCUCCGUACCUCGUCAGUGCGAUCAAGUUCGAUGAUGCCAAACUGACUGCCGAAAUUACUGCGGAGGAGAAGCCGUGGGAUGAGAUAGCACAGUCCUUCAAGCUGAAUCUAGGCCACGAAUACAUUGAUCCAGCAACCGCCAAUGUCACCCAUCCUCAUCUAGCACGUCGUGGAGAUGAUGGUACACAAAUGGAUAUCUCGCACACCUUCAAUGGUAACCUUUUCAACUAUGCAAAGGAUUCGAAGGAGACAGCUGGCAUGGCUCUAAGCGCUGAUCUUGAGCUGACAACUGGAGGAAGCGUGAUCGCGGACUUCGAUAUUCAGAAGAACUGGCUGGGGAUUCCGAACGAUGCGACUCUCAAUGUCCACCCUCAGGGCGUGAACGGGCUUAUGAAGCUGUCCCUCAAUGCGGACGGGAAGUUGGGCAAAGAACUGCAAUGGGACAUGAAACCUGAGAUCGAGGUUCCAGUUCAGGCGCUUAAGAUCGCAGGCAUACUCGAGAUCGGCCCAUUUAUCACCAUGGGCGUCCACUUCGGUUCAUCGGCCCUCGAGGGUACAAGCACAAUGAGUGUUGGUGCUAAGGCUAAGAUCAAGGACGAUGCAAAGGUCGAUGUUAGACUCACCAAGCCAGAAGAGAACAGUAUCAGCGGCUGGCAGCCAGAAUUCGAGAAGAUCGAUCCGGCUUUCAGUGCAGAGAUUGGAGGUAACAUUCGCGCAUGGAGUGAGCUUGGUGUUCAGAUCAAGGCGGAGGUGUUUGGCAAAUGGGGUUAUCAAGCUGCUGUAGAUGCCCAGCUUCCUUUUUUUGAGGCAAAGAUGUCUGGUAUCGUUGACACAGUCGGUGUUUGCGACAGUCAGAAAACCGUUGGCGUGCAACUCGGAACCGAUGUUGGCAUCAACGUAAACCUCAACGCCGGCAAAGUCAACGAAGCUCCCUCAUUCGAGAAGGACUUGUUCGAGACUACAUGGCCGCUCUUCUCCACUUGUGUGCCAGUCGGACCCGACAAUGCUAAACCCACCGAUGUCCCUGAGCCUGAGCCCACCGAAGAGCCAGAGCCAGAACCCACUGAGGAGCCAUCUGAGCCUGAGGUCACUGACAAGCCAUCGACUGAGACGUCGAAGACUGAUGAGGGUCCUUUUGAGACAGGUACUGGUAACAUGCCUAUGAUUACGGGCACCCCGAGCCUCGUUACCGGCACCGGUACUGCUUCGAGUGGAUGGCCUAUGUACACUGGCAACACCACUUUCCUGAGGAUGGCACAGCGCAGGCCCACUGCAAUCUACUUGUAAGCGUAUCGUCGCGCAUUCUUCGUAUGGGGACGCAGGUUUUGUAAGGAACGGCGGUUUUGGGACGGAUUUGUAACAUCAAUGGGAGCAUGUGGGUAGAUUUUAGAGAACGCCUCACAAGGAGAUCGACACGGUGUCUUACGGCGAUCUGCGGCGUCCACGGUGUCUUGCAAAUAAUUGAGUUACCCAACCUGCGCGUACCGAAUGCAUGGUG